UUUGAUCUAAAGAGUACAUAUAAUAAAAUCAGUCUGCUUCCCUCUCUGCAGUUUUUGGACAACAAUGGCAGCAAUCACCGUUGACUUUCAGCUCUGCUUCAUCUUCAUCCUCCUAGGGCUCUUCUCACUCUUCUGUCUCUCGGCUUUCUUCUUCACGAAACCAAAAUAGCCACAACUCCAAGACUGUGGUCUACCUCUGAGCCCACCAUCUCUACCGGUCAUAGGUCAUCUUCACUUUCUCCUCUCUGUUCCAUGUUACAAAUCCUUUCAGAAACUCUCCUCCAAGUAUGGCCCCCUCCUUCACCUUCGUGCCUUCAAUUCCCCAAUUGUUCUAGUCUCUUCCGGCUUCAUGGCCAACGAAGUCUUGAAGACCCAAGACCUGAACUUUGCUACCCGUCAACGCGAGGUUCCUAUCAUGGAAAGAUCACUACUUUUUGGAUCUUUUAGCUUUGUCUCAGCUCCUUAUGGAGAUUACUGGAGGUUCAUGAAGAAGCUCUUAGUCGAAAAGCUUCUCGGGUCUCAUUCGCUCGAGCAGACACGACUAAUCCGUGCAAAAGAACUCAAGACUUUCCGUGCUAUGUUGUUCGAUAAGGCGGCAGAGAAGGAGACUGUUGAUGUGGGUAAAGAGAUGAUGAAGCUAACGAAUAACAGCAUUUGCAGGAUGAUAAUGGGGAGGAAGUGUUCAGAGGAGAACGGUGAAGCAGAACAAGUAAGGGGUUUGGUGACCAAAUCACUUAGUUUGGCGAAGAAGUUCCUUAUAGCUAGCAUUGUCGGUCGAUUUUUCAAGCUGGUCGGGAUCUCUCUGUUUGAGAAGGAAAUCAUGGAGGUCUCGCAGAUGUAUGAUGAAUUGCUGGAGAAGAUUAUGAAGGAACACGAAGAAAAUCCGGACAAGAAAGAGAAUAUAGACAUGAUGGAUGUUCUGUUAGAAGUUUGUGCAGAUGAUAACGCCGAAUUUCAGAUUUCCAGGAAUCAAAUCAAAGCACUUUUUGUGGAGCUUUUCAUUGCAGGCACUGAUACUUCAGCACAAACAACACAGUGGAUAAUGGCAGAACUCAUUAACCAUCCUGAGAUUCUUAAAAGACUGAGAAAAGAGAUAGAAUCUGUCGUUGGGGAAACGAGAUUUAUUCAAGAAACAGAUCUCCCCAGUUUGCCGUACUUACAGGCUGUGAUGAAAGAAGGGCUAAGACUACACCCGCAUACGCCAAUCUUGGCGAGGAAUGCAACAGAAGGAUGCAAGAUCGGAGGGUAUUACAUAGGGCAGAACACAACAAUGAUAAUAAACGCUUAUGCAGUGCUGAGAGAUCCGGAUUCAUGGGAAUAUCCAGGAGAAUUUCAGCCCGAGAGAUUCAUGACUUCUCCUUCAAAAGGGAAAGAAGAUGAGAGAGCACAGUUAGCUUUGAACUACAUUCCUUUCGGGAGUGGAAGAAGAGGAUGUCUCGGAAAAAACUUGGGCUAUAUCUUCAUAGGAGUAGCCAUUGGAACAAUGGUGCAGUGUUUUGAUUGGAAAAUCAACGGAGAUAAGGUUUACAUGGAAGAGACGGGAGAAAUGGCGCUGCACAUGGCUCAUCCACUUAAAUGCACUCUUGUUACUCGAAUUAACGCAGCUAGCUUUGAAUCUGCAGAUCUUUAGUUGAUGGAGGAGUUUGAUAUGUCUUGUUGAAGUUGCAGACAUAUGUCUGAAACUAAUUAUGGAACUUGCUGUCUUUAUUGUUUCAUAACAGAAUGUGUUGUUUUUUAUGUAUUUGUGCUGUUUCUUAAAGAGAUUGCGAAACUUUAGUACUAAAUUGGAAAAGUUGCAGAUAACAAGAAAAGCUAAAGGCAUCAAAGGGAGAUA